AUGGCAGCGACUUACAGUUCACCAAAUCAUCAACAAAUCCCAUUCCCAAGCUCGCCACUGUAUUCAUCAUUAGGAUUCAGCUUUGGCGGGGGCAAUAGCAUAUCAUCUGCAUCUGGAUCUGCUUCUACACCUACCAAACAACACCAACCCAGCACUCUCAAAAAAAGUUUAAAAAAAAGAGAAUUCAACGAUGAGGAGGAUACAAAGAUGUCUAUAGGUGAUGACGAUGGUGAGAAUAGGCCUGUGAGGACACUGAAGAAGGUUAAAUCGACUUUGAAUACAAAUGUUGAGAGCGAGGAAGGGGAUGUUGGCGUAUUAUUGGCCUCACUUCCCCGUGAAAGCCUAUUAAACGUAAUGAAUAACGUAAUAAAUCAAGAACCCUCAAUAAAGCAUCUGAUAAUGAACAAAAUACCACAACCAACGAUAUCAACUUAUUUAAACGCAUUAAACGACUCAACGUGCAAUAUUAUACAAAGCAUUCCAAUUGGACAUUCACGUCCAACUUACACACUCAGUAGGUUGAAAGGGCCAAUAUCCAAUUGGACAAAGGUCAUUUCAACUUAUCUGCCUUUCUUUACAUCAAAUGGUGUACAUGUGACUGAUAAGUUUAUCGCGAUACAGCCAACGACUGUAGAGUUUAUCAAGGUAAUAUCACGCUUACCUACACUCACCAACGAUGAAAUACCACAAUCAUUGAGUGGUUUAUGGGAUAAACUGAGAAAGAUAUGGUCAGAUUGGUUUGAAGUGGUGGAUGCAAUGGUUAAUAGGGAAGGUGGUAUGUUUAGCUCUUCGGUGGUGAACAACUGGGCCAAAGGGUUGGAUGAAAUUUGCAAGAGCGGUCCAGACAAGCCACUUGGAUUCAAUCACUCAUGUCAAGUGGAUCUCAUCAAUCUUCGUCAGAACUGGGAGACGAGGCUUGGGUGGUUGAUCGCGAGGGACAUAACGCCUAGACCGGAGUGGGCUGCAUAA